AUGGCCGCCGAUCGGCCUAUCCAGGUCACCCAGCAGAACAAAGUAUCGCUUGCGACUGCUAAGGUUGUGCCUGUGAUACUGGUCCUGAUUGUGGCAUAUUGCUCAUAUGUGGUUGUCGGACCACUGAGCAUCAACUACCUGAUUAAUGCCCCGGAUGACUUAAAGCCACGAGUCGCUGCAGGCAUAGCCAUACCGAUUGUAUGGUUUGCUCUCCUGAUACCUGUCGCCGCCACUUACCUUCGACUUCUGCUUGUGGUCUUCCUCGCGCCUGGUUAUACAGACAUCGGAAAUGAGAAGCUGCGCGAUGAUCCUUCGCCUGAGUUCUGGAUGCGAGAUGUCUUUGUGUGUGACGCCAACGGCAGACCGAUCUGGUGCAGCUUUUGCGAGAGCUGGAAGCCAGAUCGUGCUCAUCACAAUCAGGAUGUGGGAAGGUGUACAUUGAAAAUGGAUCACUUUUGUCCCUGGGUAGGCGGUGUGGUUGGGGAGCGUAGCAUCAAGUUCUUCCUGCAAUUUCUUUUGUACGCCAUGGUCCUGUGUUUGUAUCUUACUAUCGUCAUGGCAUAUUUCGUCCACGAGCGAAGAUCAAACGUUCAGUGGGAUCUUGCCUUGGGCCUGGGAGGUUUCUUUCUAUUCUUCACGCUUGGCAUGGUCCUCAAUAGUCUGCACCUGGCUUUUCUGGUUCUUCUGCCACCGGAGUUGCAAGCAUCGGUGAAUGGCAAUCUACCACUUGCUCCAGAACGUACUGCCCGGACACCUUCCUCAAGGUCACCUUUGGAAGACGACGAAGACAGUGAGCGGCCUCUUACAUCUGAAAUCGACGAUCCGUCGCACAGCCGCUACUUCAGUAAUAACAAUAGCAACAAUAGAGCCUUCCGACGUGCGACCAAAUCCGAAUUCUGGAGAGGCACAGUGACAUAUCCGCUACAGCCUGCGACAGAUCGGCCACCGCUUCCAGCACCUCAGUCGCGCACUUUUGCCAUACUGGAGACGCCACCUAGGAUGAACCCAUGGGAUCUCGGCACGCCGUAUCGAAAUUUCACGAACGUGUUGGGCGAGAAGAUGCACGAUUGGCUAUUGCCAUUGAAACGAUCACCUUUGGCAGAACACUCCUCGGAUGUGUCAUUCUAUCCGCUAGGCCCACAGUUCGAGAACUUUCUGGAGGAUGCUGGGCUGGUGCAGUAUUCUGCUUCGAACCAGAAGGACAGCACUGUCAGCAGUAGGCGGGGACGGAAGCGGAAAGUUGAUCCUGGUUGGCAGAAUGGGGAGAGGCCUGAUGGCUAUUUCGUGGAAAAGGAGACACGAAGGCAGCGGAAGGAAGCUAGAAGGGCAGAAAGAGAGCAGGAGUGGCAACGCGAGCGUGACGUUGUGCAAUGA